GCCCACAGUUUUUACCCGCAUGGUGGACAGAAGCAGCGUAGUUUUAAUGUUGUUCCGAAGUAAACCCAGCUAUAUUUAUGUAUCAGCAUGCGACAGUCUGCGGUUUUAGAUUGUGUAACCAGUUUGUGUUUGUCUUUGAAACAAUGAAAUAGACGCCAGACGACAGAAUCCAUCCUCAAACCCUGCUCUACUCGUGGAUAUUGUGCUGGUUAGCUUGUUGUGCUAACUCGCUAUCAGUGCUACUUGAGAAGAUGAAGACCUGUAAUGGAAACACCAGUAUAAUGGACAUGUUUGAAAAGGGAAAAGUCCUGAAAAUAUGUGCUCCUAUGGUUCGAUAUUCAAAGCUUGCAUUCAGGUCCUUGGUGAGGAAAUACGACUGUGACAUCUGCUUCACCCCAAUGAUAGUUGCUGCUGACUUCAUGCGAUCUGUCAAAGCCAGAGACAGUGAAUUCACUACCAAUGAGCGUGAUCGGCCCCUGAUAGUGCAGUUUGCUGCCCAUGAUGCCCAGACUCUGGCUGAUGCAGCCUGUGUUGUUGCACCUUUCUCAGAUGGAGUUGACCUCAACUGUGGCUGUCCCCAGAGAUGGGCUAUGUCAGCUGGGUAUGGUGCUUGCCUCAUCAACAAGCCUGAACUUGUGAAAGACAUGGUCAGACAUGUCAGAAACCAAGUGGACAAUUCAAACUAUACAGCGUCCAUCAAAAUAAGAAUUCACAAGGACCUGAGGCGGACAGUGGAUCUCUGCCAGAAAGCUGAAUCAGCUGGUGUGUCAUGGAUUACGGUCCACGGCCGUACAACAGAAGAACGCCACCAACCAGUCCAUUAUGACGCCAUAAAGACAAUCAAAGACAGCGUGUCUGUGCCUGUCAUUGCCAAUGGGGACAUAAAGUACCUCCGUGAUGUGGAGUCCACUCACCAGCUUACUGGUGUCGACGAAGUGAAAAAAAAGAUGACGUUGCAAUGGACUGCUGUGGCCCUCUUUCUCUAUGUGGAGAUUGGCAUCCUUGUCAUCCUCUGCUUACCAUUCAUCUCUGCCAGGAGGUGGCGGAUUGUUUUCCAGCUGAGGAUCUGGAACUUCAUGUCGAUGUUCUGGAACAAAGUGUUUCUCACUAUGAUCAUAGUACUCAUUGUUCUCUUCCUUGAUGCUGUUCGUGAAGUGAGAAAGUAUUCUGGGAAAGAACUCGGCACAGAUGCCAAGCUGCAACCGAACAUGUUUGACCACCUGCACAUGAAGCUUUUUAGAGCCCAGAGGAACCUCUACAUCUCUGGCUUUGCUGUCUUCCUCUGGCUGGUUAUGAAGCGAGUGAUCACCUUGAUUAACCAGCUGGCAGAAAUGCAUGGGACUACUGCUGCUCUUCAGGCACAGGCUGACAAUGCUAACCAGGCUGCCAAGAAAUACAUGGAGGACAAUGACCUGCUGAAACAGACUCUGAUGAAAGGGAAGGGUGAUAAGGCUACUUCAGAGGGCAUGGAGCUGUUGAGAAAGGAGGUGGAGAGACUGAAAGAAGAACUGAAGACCGCAGGAGAUGCCCUGAAGAAGUCCCAGUCAGAGGUAGAUGUCAUGAAGAAGCAGACGGACGGCCUCGCCAGGGAGUACGACAGACUGUUGAAAGAACAUCAGGAGCUCCAGAAUCUUCAAGAUAGUGGAAGCAAAAAGGAUGACUAGUUGUUGUAAAAUGUUUAAAAGGUUGAAGUGUUUGCACAGCAACUUAGCCCAGUUGCGAGAAAACCACGGCAACAAAUGCUUUACCUUCAUGUAUUAUACUCAUCUUACACCGUGUGUCACAAUGCAUGUCACAAAGCCAGAAUUGGCUCCUUGGAAGUACAGACGUUUGGCUGAUAUCAGUAAUGGUUUUAAAGCAUGGAGGUGAAUUUAUAUUAGGGCUCCAGACUGGUUUAAAUGAAAUGAGUAAUAUUUGAUGGUUUCCUGUUACUGCCUGGUGCAGUGUGACUAAGAGGGUUGCUUUUUCAAGUGCACACACUAUCAGGCAGAUUAAUUGUACAAGGUAAUUGGAAAAAAAUUCAGUCAGUAAUCAACCCAGAGCACUUAAUAUGUUAAAGAAAUAUGCAACUAGGGCAGGUGUUGUUUUGUGGUUGUCUGGGCCCGGUGCGUAGCAAAGAGUGCACGAUUUGUCAAAUGCUAGAGCUCUCUAUUGAUGUGGCAGCCAGCCUUGAAUGUAUUUUGAUACUAAAGAUUUGUUAUGUAUGUACUUCUGCGUGUAGACGGGACAGCUGCUGUCCCCACUUUGAGCUUAAAUUCGGUCAUGUAAAUUCUGUCUGUGCUCGCAUGGCUCAUCUUCAGGUUUUUAUUAUGCUCUAGUUAGUGUUCUGUACUUUUUGUAACCUGAGUAGUUGUGGUAGAUGCUAACGGUUUGACAGCAUCCAGCACCCAAAUGUUUUUUUUUUUUCUAUUGGUUUCCUGCUUUAUUUAAAUUUGCAAAUGCUGAUGAAACUUUUCCGUAACAUAUCUGUGGAUAUAAAUAAAACAGAAUAUCUGUAGGGAUAGAAAAUUGAAUUCAUCCAUUUCUGAUCUUAUCUGUUAGACUUUAAAUAGAUUUAUGUUUCUGGGCCACAGAAGGUCCGGCUUCCGUUAUGCUGUAUUUGCUGGACUGCGAGUUUAAAGUGUUUAUUUUUGGGUUAGAGAACCACUUGUUCUGUGUGAAAAGGGGCUGUCUUACAUUUCUGUUAUUCAAACAGAGCCAUGUCACUGUGAAAGAGGAGCUGACAUUGUGCAACUAGAUGCUUCAGUGUUUCCCAGUUUUUUAAUGGUAGAGCGAUUAUUGCAUGGGUUUACUGAAUUUUCUUUUUCAGGUCAUAGAAUUUAAAAAUGCCUCUUCCAGUUGUGUUGUUAUACUUCUGUUAUAGACAGAAAUCAGAAUGAAGUGCCUUGUAGGUGGAUGCAGUACAGUUUGUUUAAUAAAGAUCUGUUUCUUUAUCUUGGGUCUUGUUUAGAGCCUAAGCAUGUACUUAAUGAAACACCUUGAAUAAAUAACACCAACACAUCA